AUGAAAUGUCGCGUAUGUGGCGAUUCUCGUGCUGGCCGUCACUAUGGUACGAUCGCUUGUAAUGGUUGCAAGGGAUUUUUUCGGCGAAGUAUCUGGGAGCAGCGUGACUACACAUGUCGUUUUGGAAGUAAAUGCCAAAUCGUUCAAGAAUAUCGUAAUCGCUGUCGUGCAUGUCGUCUCCGGAAAUGUUUCGAAGUCGGAAUGGACGCCCGAUCUGUGCAGUCGGAACGCGACAAACACAAGAAAAAAGCCACUGGUCAAGGAUCUCCUAGUCUGAACUCUACCAGCAUCGUCUGUUUCCGUAUCUAUAGUGCGCUUUUCAAGGAGCGACAAACCGACAACAUGAUCGACGCGACGGAGGACACCGAUUUCAGCGAGCAGUUCAAUAAGCUAUGUAGGGUAGAUGUUACUAUCGAAGCGGCAUUCAAGCAACCCGGAAUUGUGAUGGAUUGGUUGACCGAAUAUCUCAGGAAGAUCGUUCUAGAACUCACCACUGCAGUUCAAAAAAGCCAUUUUAGAAGCUUCUCCAAAUCUGGAUGCGAUGGUGUGGCGCUAGUGAAUGGCAGUUGGUACCCACGUGACAAAGAUCUGCAGAAGACAUUGGAUCCAGGGUGCAACCACUAUUUCUCGAUUCUGUCCGAACACCUCAUGCAGGAUUUAGUUUUCCCUAUGCGUGAGAUGAACAUGAAUGAAGGAGAAUUCUGUCUGCUGAAGGUGCUGAUCCUGUUCCGCGUUGAUCAUCGUCUGUCAGAGGAAGGCAAGCUUCAUGUGACAAAAGUUCGUAACAAGUUCAUAGACGCGCUCUACCAUCAUGUUCAACACGAGUAUCCAGCUUUUUCGGCUAUCGAAGUCGCUCAACGAAUCUCAAAAUUGCUAUUGCUCUUGCCCAGUAUUGAACAUUUGUCACAACAAGAAGACGACAAUGUUCAAUUUCUUGCUUUGUUCAAUUUGGCGAAUCUCAAUGGACUUCCAUAUGAAUUGCAUUCGGCAACUAAGCAACAGAUACGUGAUGAAGAUCCCACUCAGGUUAACGAAGUGACCUCAAACAAUGUCGAUAUGAAGGGUUAUGGCGAUUAUGAUGCUGGUCAGUGUGGUGCGACCUUUAGUGGUGUUCCUCCGUUCACCAGUGGUAUUUUAUAA